CGAGGAGGCGCGGGUGUCCCCCGGCGGCGGCGGGCGGCCCGGGUGCCCUGCUCCUCCCGCUGCCGGCGGCCGCCGCCGGGGCAGCACAGCUGUUACAGAGCCGCGCUGGUCCCUCCUCCCAGCUGCGGCUGCCUCAUCUCCCCCCACCCAGCCCGUCCCUCCCCUCCGCCGCUCCCGACGCUGCUGCUGCUGCUGCCGCCGCCGCCGCGGCCGCCACCUCCUCCUCCUCCUCCCCACCCCCACCCUCUCUCUCUCGCUCCCCAUCUCUCUCUCUCUCUCUCCGUCCCGUUCCCCCCUGCCCCCGCCUCUCCCCGCCCUGCCGCCGCCGGCCCUGGCAGAGCAGGCACCGCAGGGGGAUCUCGAUGUAACACCAUGACAGGCAUCGCCGCCGCCUCCUUCUUCUCUAAUGCCUGCAGGUUCGGGGGCUGCGGGCUGCACUUCCCAACCCUGGCGGAGCUCAUCGAGCACAUCGAGGACAACCACAUCGAUACAGACCCACGUGUAUUAGAGAAACAAGAACUUCAGCAGCCAACCUAUGUUGCUUUAAGUUACAUUAACAGAUUUAUGACUGAUGCAGCUCGACGUGAGCAAGAGUCUUUGAAGAAAAAGAUUCAGCCAAAACUCUCUUUAACUUUGUCAAGCACAGUGUCCCGUGGGAAUGUAUCUACUCCACCUCGCCACAGCAGUGGAAGCCUUACUCCUCCGGUUACCCCUCCAAUCACUCCCUCCUCUUCGUUUCGCAGUAGUACUCCUACAGGUAGUGAAUAUGAUGAGGAGGAAGUAGACUAUGAAGAAUCAGACAGUGAUGAGUCCUGGACUACAGAAAGUGCUAUCAGCUCUGAAGCUAUCCUUAGUUCAAUGUGCAUGAAUGGAGGGGAUGAGAAACCUUUUGCCUGUCCUGUUCCUGGAUGUAAAAAAAGAUAUAAGAAUGUGAACGGUAUCAAGUACCACGCCAAGAACGGGCACAGAACACAAAUCCGCGUACGCAAACCAUUCAAAUGUCGCUGUGGAAAGAGUUACAAGACAGCUCAGGGCCUGCGGCACCACACAAUCAAUUUCCAUCCCCCCGUGUCUGCUGAGAUUAUCAGGAAGAUGCAGCAGUAACGUGCUGGUCACAAAUGUGCCAAGAAAUCCUCACCAGCAGUUGCUGAUUUUGAGAACAGCCACCUUUUUCAGGGGAAGCAUUCAGCAACCCUUUAAAAAAAUUAAAUGCAUGCUUUAAAAUUUUCUGUAAUUUUGGAAUGAUGUAUCUUUGUAGAGUUAAUGAUUUUGUACAUUUGCACAUGUAAUCACCAUACCCAUUUUUCAUUACUUUGAGAUAAGGUGCUAUAAAAGCUAUAGGUUCUUCAGAACAUUUUUCUCCAAAACAGAAAAGAUUGGGGGAGGUUGGGGGGGGGGGAAACGUUGCGUAUUUAGUUGUACUGAAGUGUUGAACAGGAGCGAGAGGAGGAGAGCUUGGCACUGACGCCCUUUCGAGAUUGUAACGUGAUGAAGACUUUCGAUGCAUCCGUCAACGCGUGUGCAAAACCAAAACAAUACCACCCUCGUCGAACUCUAGUUAACAUGCCUUACGUAAUGGAGCUAGCCGUGGAGUAGCAAGUCUUUUAGGUAACGGAAAUAUAAAUAAGAAAGAAUGUUUAACAUAAUAUGCUAAAAAUAUUUUCAUACUUAAAUAACAUACAUAAAAAGGUGUGCUUGCUGUAUUUUAUAUUAUCUUGCAAAUCUUCUUUUUUUUUUUUUUUUUUCCUCUUUUCCCCCUCUGGAAACGCUGAAAACCUUCCCAUUUGACCCAGUGAACAAUCACUUUAGCGUUAGAAAUAACUACUCUUUUUUUUUUUUUUUUGUACAAGAUGAUGUCGUAUUACGUUCACGCCCAUCAAACUUUUGAGGACCAAUAUCCCAGUCCAACUAACUAUUUACCCCUGAACUAUCUCUUAGAAAGACACUCGGAAAUACUUAAGUGCAAAUUUAUGUGUGUGUGAGAAACGAUUACCUUCAUCUCAGAUGAAGUUUUAAAGCACUUUGUAGUUCUCUAUUGCCAACAGGUUUAAUGUUUUAUGUGUUGCCAAUUCUUGCAACUACUGCACGAGCGCGUGCCUGUGGUUGCAAAUAAAAAUUAAAAAUCCUACGCAUGGUUUAAGGAGGUCCGUUAUUUGUGCUAAGGGAGUUUCUAAUGCCUCUCCCUCAUGUUCAUUGUAUUCUGAGAAUUAUUUUUUUUUCUUUGUGCGUUUUUUAUUUUUUUGGCUUCUCGGUGUAGGUCACUGCAUUCCGCUCGGAAGCGUCUGUUUAGCUUUGCAAUUAAUUUUGCUGAAAUAGGACAUAUGAGCCUUACUGACGAUUAAGUGCUUCUUGCAGCAGGUGGUCAGAGACUGACCUAAAACAAGAGCCCAGAGGAGAGCGCGGCGUGUCGGGGCGGUACCCGAGGGCGCGUGGCUCGCCACCCUGCCUUGAGCGCGCUUCUCUCACACGCCGCCCGGGCGGCCGUGGGCACCCCGCGCCCCGCCCCACAAACACGUCCUAGGCGGCCAGGGUCCGGGAGGGACGCGCUGUGUUAAACACGGCCGGCGCCUUCGCUUAGUUCUGCUUCUUUUAAGUGCAAAAGAGAGCGCAGAUAGAGGAGGAGUGAGCUUCCCCUUUAAUUUUUUGUCCCAAAGCUUUAAACGAAAUGACAAUUCCCUAGUCUCCGGCAGAGUAAAAGUCUCUUUAAAACACUUAGGGCUCAUCCUAACGACUAAGCGGUUAGAACACCCCAAUGGAAGUAAAACCUGACUUUUCCAAACCCUUGCGCGGCGCCAGCGCUUGCGUUGCACCGCGCCGUCAGCUGGGCGCUGAAGGAUGACCCAGACAUGAGAGUUCCUGGCACACGAAGGCCCCGGGUGGCCCCUUCCUGCCUUCUGCAGUUUUGGCACCAGAUGUGGCCAACAAACACGUUUUGGCUCUGCUCCUAGCGCAAGAAACGACAGGCUGGGUAAGUUCGUUCAACAGCUAAACGGUCGUAAAACGUCAUUGUUGCAUGUAAAUUCCUUUCGACUAUAAAAAGGAAAUUCCAGUUUCUAUUUACCUACUCAUUGUGACAGUAUUAUUAAACAGGUAAAGAUGGGACUAUUUUGUUAUACUGUGUAUAGUGAAUGUAUUGUACCGUGUCUGUGAAAAGUGUGCUUUAAAUUAUAUUUUCAUAUGUUUUGUUGGGGACAAAGUACUUUAAGUUUGAAAGUGACAGAGGUUUGUUUUAGAACUGAAGGCAACUUAAAAGAAUUCCUGUUGAGAAAGCUGCUUAUAAGUGUAAAUCAAAUCACAUUUAAAAUAAACUGCCUCUGACCUAAAAAAAAAAAAA